AGGAGCAGGUUCACCCGUAAAAGAUGAAGAUUUAGCGUAUAUAUUGUUAGCUGGUUUACCAGAAUCGUAUGAAACUUUGAACACGUCUGUAGCGAAUUUACCGGAAGACAGUUCCACGACGGCAAAAAUCAGUAAAGCACUCUUAACAGAAUAUGACAGGCGUAAAUCUAGAUGCCCGGAUGAAAAUGAAAAUCAAUUAGAAGCUCUUCAAAUUGGAAGAAAAACGAAAUACUCGCACACACACGCGUCGACCGCUAAUAAACCUAAAUCUAUAUUUUGUUCACAUUGUAAAAAGCAAGGGCACGACAUAAAGAACUGUUGGACAAAGAAUCGCACGAAAAUCCAAAACCAAAAUUCCAAUUUAAAUCGAAGGAAAAAGGAGAGUGAUAAUGGUUUUCUGGUCUCACUAAAUAAUAUAGACAUGAAAGAUUCAUGGUUGUUGGGCAGUGGUUGUACGAAGCUCGUAUGCAAAAGAAGAGAUUGGUUUAAAACAUUCAAAGAAGUGAAAAUAGAACCAAUUAACAUGGCAGCAGAACAAUCAAAUAACAAACUUGAAGCCAAAGGGAUUGGCGACAUUGAAAUUAAGAUAUUUGUUGGCAGACAAGAAUUAUACGUAACAAUACAUAAUGUAUAUUACGUUCCAGAUUUGAGAAAGAAUCUUUUAUCCGCAUCACAAAUAGAACAGAGGUCAAAGCAAAUUCUCAUACGGAAUGGAAUGGCGGAAAUACGUGAUAUAAAAAAUGGUCAACUUAUGUGCAUUGCCGAUAGGAAAAACGACCUGUAUGUGGUCAGAGUACAGACGAUUACACGCAUACGAGGGAAAUUAGAAUCUCAUAACAUAAGUGUAAAAGAUAGUGCCAUAUGGCAUCAGAGGUUAUGUCAUGUAGGCCAAAGCACGAUUAAAAAGACUGCAGAACUCAACUGCGUUCGUGGAUUAGAGAACACGAAGGUGGUUGAAAAUGUAUGCGAAGAUUGCCGCAUAG